AUGGCACCCACCGGGAUAUAUAAUCGAUUAAAGGCACUUUAUACUGGUGAAAAGGAGAAAGAAGUUCCCCCGUUUAGCACCACCACUGCGGUUUCUCUGUUGGUACUCUAUACCCUCAUCUACGUAAUCCCCUUCUAUCUCUCUUCGACUACCCGUCCUUCACCCCAGCUCUCUCGCGAUGCACCGACGGUUAUCCGCGGACGAAUUCGUUCGGUCACGCUCUCUUGCAUCGUUGUAUGUAUUGGCACAUUUGGAAUUUUGUCCUCGGUGAAGAAUGGAGAUGCAGUGAAAUCCCUCCAUUUGAUGGGCUAUUUUCCCUUUGGAUUUGUUGAGACGGUCAAAUGUGUAGGUUUGACUGCUAUACUAUUUGCGGGCCCUUUGUUUGAAGAAGGGAUUGCGCAGGGACAGUGGCGCGAUUGGGUUCGUUUGAGGGGAUUGGGAGCUUUGAAGGGCUGGAUUCCUUAUAGGAAUAUUGUCGCUGGACCCGUAACAGAAGAGGUACUCUUCAGAUCUGCCUCUGUACCCCUCCUCCUCCUCUCCAAGACCUCCAAUACAACGAUCAUAUUCCUUACCCCCGUCGUCUUCGGACUUGCCCAUGUGCAUCACUUUUACGAAUACAGAAUCACACAUCCGCAUGGCCCCAUGGUUGGAGCUAUUCUCCGCUCCUUGCUACAAUUCUCCUACACGACGCUAUUUGGAGGCUACGCUACAUUUUUGUAUCUCCGAACGGGGAGCUUGUUGGCGGUGAUAUGUGUGCAUGCCUUUUGUAACUGGAUGGGUUUCCCGCGAUUUUGGGGAAAGAUUAGUAGUUCGGUGGAUGGGGAAACUAUUAUUGGUCCGGAUGUGGGAGCUAGCAAGAAGAGCGAAGAUGUCAUGGAGAAUGGUGGGGAGCUAAAUAUUCUCUGGACCAUCACAUAUUAUUCUCUCCUGGUAGUGGGUGCGUACUUCUGGUGGAACUAUCUAUGGGUAUUGUCUGCAAGCGAAUUUGCCUUGGUCAAGUUUUAA